AUGGCAAACUCAACUCCAGACAUCAGUUCGAUCUUGCGCUUGCUUGAUGCCACUCAGCGCCCAGCUAGCUCUGCUCCUGCACAAACCCAGCCUGGGGUUCCUGCGCCUGCUACUGCUUCGGCACCUUUACCUUCAAAUCCCUAUGCAACAUCAGUCCCAAACCCCUAUCCGUCUCAGACGGGUACCUACCAACCUCCAGUGGCUUAUCAGUAUCCUCAACCAGCCUCUAGUGGCAGCAUUGAUCUGAGCUCAAUCCGUCCUGUCAACUCGGGUACUGUUCCUCUCGCUGACGCGAUUGCUAAAGCAAAGGCAUACGCAACUGAACAGGGCUUUACCCCAUACGAUCGCCAGAGUGGUUCAUAUUCCGACUCGCGUGCGAAUGAUUCGAGGCAGUAUUCCCGUUCGAGAUCUAAGAGUCCCCGUGGACGCGAUCCCUACCGUGACAAUUACAACCCGUACCGCGAUGAGCGACGCGCCGACCAUGGUCGCGAUUAUGGUCGCGAACGCUCAUAUUCCCCUGGGCGUGGUCGCGCAUUCUCUCCUCGUGGCUCACACGGUGGCCGUGAGCGGUCCCCUCUGCGCAACAAGGAUGACGUGGAAGUCAUUGAGAUUGAGGCCAGCUUGGUUGGUUUGAUCAUAGGUCGCCAGGGAGAAAACCUCCGUCGUGUCGAAGGCGAGACUCGUUGCCGUGUUCAGUUCAUUCCUCCUCAAGGUCCCAACGACCAAAUGCGACUUUGCAAGAUCCAAGGUCCUCGUCCCCAACGUGAGGAGGCUAAAGAGAUGAUCAACCGCAUCAUUCGUGACAGUGGCAUGCGUGGUCCAGGCGAACGCGGUCGUGAUGGCGGCCGUGGUCCUCCGGCCCCUAAAGAAGGGGAAGACACUGUGCAAAUCAUGGUCCCGGAUAGGACCGUGGGCUUGAUCAUUGGUCGCGGUGGCGAAACCAUCCGUGAUUUGCAAGAGAGGAGUGGUUGCCACAUCAAUAUCGUGGGUGAGAAUAAGAGCGUCAACGGACUUCGUCCUGUGAAUCUCAUUGGCCCUCCCGCGGCCACGCGUAUCGCUAAGGAGUUGAUUUUGGAAAUUGUGGACAGUGAUAGCCGGAACGGGAACCUGCCCAACCCCCGAGGCGGUCGCAAUGACAAUUUUGGUGGAAACGGCCAGGAGAAGGUCAAUGAUUCAAUCUUUGUUCCUUCUGAUGCCGUUGGCAUGAUCAUUGGAAAAGGUGGUGAGACUAUCCGCGAGAUGCAGAACAUGACUGGCUGCAAGAUCAACGUGUCGCAGCCCUCAGGUCCGGGUGAGGUUGAACGUGAGAUUGGUUUGGUCGGUACUCGUGAAGCUAUUGCGCGAGCCAAACGUGCCAUCGAGGACAAAGUUGAGGUCGUGAGGCAAAAGUCUGGUUCUGGUCGUGGCCGUGGACAGCACCGCGAUUAUGAUAACCCCAACUAUGGCCAGUCGUCUAACACUAACAGCACCCCUUCUACCACUGCUGCUGGAGCUGCCACUCAGUCUAGCGCUGGCAGCUCCACUGCCAAUCCGGCUGAUCCCUAUGCGCCAUACGGCGGUUAUGAGAAUUAUAUCGCGCUUUGGUGGCAAUCGCAACUUGCUGCUCAAGCGGCACAGGCACAGGCUCAGGGUGCCACAUCCCAGGCGCCUGGGUCCUCGUAA